UGCUAGAGUUGUCAAUGAUGGCUACUUCCUUAAAGCAGACUGUCCAUAAGAACCUUGAGUGUCCUAUCUGCCUGAGCUUCUUCAAGGAACCCAAGAAUCUGACCUGCUCCCAUACCUUCUGCAAGGGUUGUCUUGAGACUCUCCUGGAGUCUCGUGGAAAGCUGUUGUGUCCUACGUGCAGGGAGGAGACUUCGCUUCCUGGUGGAGACGUGGGUAGACUACAAUCAAACAUAACAGUCAGAUCACUUGUUGAAGAUGUGGAGACCCAGCGCCAGGUCUUUGUUACCAACUGUAAUCAAGCAGGAAACAAAUCAUUGCAAAGAAAAUGGAACAAAUGUCGAAAACAUCCGAACUACGAUGAAGAAUGUUUUUGUCUCAACUGUAACAAGUAUGUCUGCUUCAAGUGUGGCAUAUUAGAUCAUGCAAAGGAUGCUCACACUAUCCUGGAAGCAGACGAACAUGAAACUGAGCAAAAGAAUCACGUCGAGAAACUUGCAUCUAAAGCGGAUGCAACGAUACGCAACGUUGACAAGUAUUUCACUUUUGUUGAAGACCAGCGUAAAAGAAUGCAUGACAUACAGGAACAACUCAAUAAUGAAAUAGAUGCAACUUUUGAGGAAUCAGUUGAGAAAUUGAAGGAAAGAAAGACGGUGUUGAAAAAUGAAAUUGGGCACAAGCUAGGGAAACUUAAGACUUCAUUGGGAGACGUGGAGAAGUCGAUUUGUAAGCAGAUAGACCAGAUGAAGAAGGUUCUGGACUUGGUUAAGAAUGGUCUUAAUUUUCCUCUCCAGACAGAGGCUCUGACCUCACAUAAAGCGAUGUGUCAACAGCUGGAAGAGCUUCUAAAUCAGAUUGGGCCAGAUGAGGAGCUACCCAGAAAAACUGCUGAGGAAGGUGAAAGAAUUGGCUUCAGGAGUCAGGGAUCAGAUGGACUCCAGUUGGGCCAGCUACAUGUAAGACAAAAGAAGUCUGAAUUGGUUCUGCGCACGGAAGCUCCACUGCCUGCUGGAAAAAGCAUGCGCGAGAUGGUAAUAUCACCAAACAAUGAGAUAGCUGUUGGUUGUCGCGAGGGAGGAAUAGUCAUAUAUUCUUCUGAUGGCAUCAUACAAGAUACCGUUCUGAAAUCUGUUAAAAUUAGUUCCUUACAAUUCAUGCCUGAUUUGGGAUACGUCAUACGCGACACCAAUAGCACAAUUUCCUUGUAUACACGGUUUUGUAAAAAGCUUGAUGUAUCAUUUGAGACAGAGGAUGUUUGGAAAGGUGAACAUGGCAGUCUCAGUGUAGGCAAGGAUGGGCUCAUCUUCAUAGGUUACGGUAGAUGCCGUAAAAUACAGGUAUUUAGGCCAGAAGGGGGGGAGGCAAUUAGAGAGAUAUCGUGUAACAGACUUGCACCAUUGCAGAUUUUUGCGAUGUCAUCCAGUCAAGCGAUUGUUGUUAUGAGUAUAUGUAUUAUCAGCUAUCAGUAUCAUAUACAAGUAAUCAACGAUGUGUCUGGUGCUAGCAUUCAUAGCAUCAGCAAAGAUGGUAGUGAACCUUACCUUGCUGUGUGUCAGGAUGAUUCAGUUAUCAUUGCAUGGGUUAAGCGACGUCAUGGUCUGCUGAGCAUCGUUCGGUACACCAAAGAGCUCAAAUACGUCAAACACAUUCUCACUGAUUUCAAGAUAAUCGUAACACUUAAUUGCUGUUUGCAAGCAUUCAAGACGGGAGAGAUUGCUUUCUGCACUAAUAAUAUGCUUUACAUCUUCCAUGAGACAUAGGAAUAAAUUUCAGUAUUGCAGAUGAAACGUGGAUACAAAACUCUACCAUUUUAGAUUGUGAUUCGGUCAAAUUGAAUAAAUUCACCAUAUAAAUAUUAUCUACUCUUGCCUGGUCUCCGUUGUCACAGCUCAUAAUAGUCACCAACAUACACCAGAUAAAAAAUAUAUAUGCAGGCACCUCGUUGUCUGAAUAGGAGGAUAUUUGAGUACCUUGCUGCCCAAAAAUUAGGAUAUAUGGGGCACCUCUUUACCCGGUUAAUUAUGAGAUGAUGGUUCAUCGAAUGUCAGAACUUUAAAACUCCCGGAUGCAGUCCUUUCAGUGCCCCUGCCUUAAUUGUAAGUCUGUGCCGAAAUGUGAUUUAAAUCAAAUAGCUGGCCUUGACUCCACUCUAUUAUAAUGCUAUCAUACUAUUAACCGAUUUCAUUUGAAAUGUCGACAGUAGAUUAUAUAACGUUUACGCUUAUGAAGUAUCAAGGCGUUGCGCUCAUUUUUGCGAAUGGCUGUUAUUUUACAGACAAAUGUAGGUAGAUAAUCAAAAUCAAAGACGAGGGGAGGGGUAGCACACCUUCUAAUCGACUGAAAGCAUACAUUGUACAUAUAAUACACAGUCAUCAUGCAUUCCCGCUACUUUGGAGGAUGAGCAGCUGCCUCCUUCAAAUGCUAUGUGUUCAUGCAGUGGCAAAGUAAGCAGAUUAUUGUUCUUGUUCUCAAAAUAUUACAAUGUAAUCAAAAACGUUUGUUGUAAAAUAUGCAAGGUAUUAUAGAGAUACAAUUUGUUCAAGUUUGUUUACUUAAUUCACGUAUUGGUAAUAGUGGUGAUGGCGUAAUUCUAUGGUUGUUUCUUCCUUCUUUUUUGUUUGUUCCAAGGACAUUUUUAUAAUAGGACAUCGUCUAUUUUUAUAUAAUUAUCCAUAAUUGUUUACUGUAUCUGUGCGUAAAAACGUUCCUUACUCUGUACAUUCCCUGAUUCCCGUAACUUCCUCUAUCUCUCUUUGCUAAUGCAUA